AUGGCGGUCGCGCUCCAGCGUUACCACCACCACCAGCAGGCAUCGGACGUGAUGGGUUACGCCAUGGGCGAGGAGAGCAUGUAUGCACAAGAUCAGGCUCUGGCACAGGCUUCGGCUCCCGCGUCCACAGCCGGGGACGAAAACACCGGGGCAAUGCCUGAUAGCAGUAUACCUCUUGGGUAUCGCCAGAACGCCCCCAAGACAGAUCAACAAGACGCGGCAGCAGAACAUGCGAAGCAACCCGCCCAACAGCUCACUUCGGAAGAAGUCAUUGAGUUGACCGCUUUUGCGCGUGGCAAGGCCAAGAUCGAAGAGCAAAUCGCGCUUCUCGAAGAAAUUAAAGAAAUCGACGCUUUCGAAGGCUUUGAGUCUAUGGAAGGCGGGUCCGCCGCGAUUGCAAAAGCUGAAGAGGUGUGCCCUUACACCCGAGAGGAUGUCGAGCAAUGGCAGCAAGCGCGGGAGGCCAUGGAGCGUGAUGCGGAUGCUUUCCAGGCCCAUGACAUGAGCAAGCUGAGAAGCCUGGCCACGAACUUAGUCGAGCUGGCACUCAAAACUCUCUAUUCGCUCGAUAAACUCCUUAUUCUGCUGAGAUCACGUCAAAGUUACCUGGAUGUGCUCGCGGUCAGGGCCGAGUGGGAACAGAGGAGAUCAAUAAGUUGGGCCCAGUACUACGCGCUGCAGAGGGAAGUGCACGAGCUUGUUCGCACCAAAGCCCAAUGGCUUGGUCAUGCCGAAGUUGCCGAGCAUACAUUCAGGGAAGGCUCGCAAGGCAGCAUCAACGAUCCUUCCACAGAUGAUACAUCCCUCUUGGCGAGCUCUAGCAGCACCGACGUUAUUAAAAAAACAUCAUCUGCGCUUACGGGGCACUCUCCCCAAAAGACGAGCUCAAAAGCUAAAAGGUCGCUGACCGCAUCACUAGCACUGGGCGAGGUCCUACAGCUUGAAAUCGCCAAGAUGCGUAGCAAAAUCGCUCUAUGGUCCGACACGGCUGUCGCGGCGGCUGGCCGCGCGAUGGACGCAAUCAUCGAUCAUUGCCAGGUCCCGGAUGCGCUACUUGAUGAGCAGGAUCGCCUGGAAAAUUUCGUCGAAGAGAUGAAGCAGAAGCUGAACUUUUUGCUCGCGCUCGGCGAGCAAUGGAGAAGGAGCGAUCAUCUCCUGGGGAAGCUGCGUGAGCUGAAUCGGAAUGCGAGAAUGCUGGUGAUGAGCAUGGAAGAAGCAGAAACGCCUGACAUGCAGCAGGUACACCUCAUGGAGCAAAAAUGCGCUACCCUACGAGAGGCCCUGGUCGCUAUCUGCGGAGACAAUGCUACCAAAUUUCUGGACGACUCGACGCAGUCUUCCAGGACUCUCACUUUCCUUCCGAGCCUUGCUCCGCCCCUGGCAUUGCACCCGUCCUUUCCAACACAGCGCGAGGCGAACGAUGAGGUGAUGCAGUUUUUGCAGCGCGAACUUACAGCAGCUGCAAAGAAGACAAGGCAAGCGUGUCGUGAUGUUCAGCAAUGCGCAGAAGCGCAGCGCGCUCUCGACGUAUUCGAUGCGCGGAUAGCACCGCUGCGCGCGCUCACCGCGCGUUGCGAAGCUGUGCGCACGCGAAUCGCUGCAUUGCAGAUGUCUCUUUCUGAGGCUGCUGCAACAGCGGACCUGUCUGACGUCUGGAAAGAUGUACCGGGUUGGCAACACGAUGUGGUGUCCUGUCAAUCCCAAGUCACAGAGAUGAGGACAGCGGGAGCUAAAGCAGUGCAAGAGCUGUCAUCGCAACGCGCGCUCUGUGUCGAGUGCGGCUUGUCGUCCACCUGGCUUGCCAAGCGAGAAGAUGGAUGUGAACGGGAGCUGGAAACGGCAUUGCAGAAGUUGGAUGCAGAACUGCGUGAUGUCUCUUCGCUCUGUGUGCAGGCGGCUGCCAUCGAUUCUGGCGUUUCCGUAUCGCGAGAAAUUUCAGAGACAUUGGGAACUGUCUGCGAUCGGUUCGAUCACCUUGCGCACCAGCCCCUCGAUCUUCCGGCUUCCUCACAAGCAAUGUCAUUAAGAAGUCGCCUCCUCCACGAGCUGCAACAGGAGCUUGACACAGGCAAUCGAGCACGAAAUGCACGCCUGCGCGUGCAGACGGAAGUCAUUUCUUCCCAACUCGAGGCGCCAGCACAUGCCGUCACAACUCGGCUGCAAACGCUUGAUGACGCGUUGAAGCAAGCUUCACAGCGGCUGCGAUGGGAAGAGGCACGACUCAGGCAAGCGUCUCAGGUUGGCGAGCUCAAUGAUAAGGCAGAGGAGCGGCAGCAGGAGGCGAUUCAGGUGCUGGCUCGCCUCGAAAUUGGCGCUCCUGAGGCACACUCUUAUUCAGCUGAUGUCGAUUGCAUAUGCUUGGACCUCGCAUCUUUCGUGUCCGGCAUUGCUUCCAAGACGGACAUCGUCGGCAAGGCGCCUGCCCUCCCUGCAGUUGCGAAUCACGCCAACGUUGUUCCUCCAGACCCUGAUUACCUGGCGCGACGCUUCCUUAAUGACAUUUGCGCCAAGCUGACUGCAUUGAGAGUGCGGAUCAUGGAAAAGCAUGCUGCAAUGUCGGCUGUCACGCCUGAGGGGACAGCGCCGCCGCCGCAUCGCACAGAUGCCAGGGAUACGUCUUCAAGCAUACCUCCUGACGCGUCAGUCGUUCGUGGCGAUCAGCUCGCGAACGAAAAACCUUCAAUUGCCGCUGGAAACCGCCUUCCUGCGCUUGUCGACAAAGGCCUAUCGCCCCUUCGAGUCAGCGCCAGCAAUACGCCCUCCAAACUUUCCAGCAGUACACGAGCAGCCAAAUCAGCGGCCCCGGAAUCCGAAAAAGUGGCUGCCCUGCUUGACAACCUGCAUCGUGAUCCCCGACUUGCUGUUAAGAGCGACAUCCCGUCCAUUGAGGACGCUGCCGAAGCAGAUCACUACAAAGCCUGGCAAGCUUCGGUCUCGCAGCUCAGCAGUCGCAAGAGGUCAUCGAGCGCUGUGAAGCAGCGCUUCAGCGGUACGAAUCAGCACCGGCCCUCUCGACCUAUGAACAUGCUACGAAGGUGGAAGAGGUGCGCACCGCUUACGAGGCCGCCGCGAACGCUUUGA